AUGCCUUCCGAUAUCCCGUGGAACGUCCAGGUCACACAGCACCCGGGUUCUUCCGCCCAGGACGUCCAAGACGAGCCGGAAUGGACGAGUGGCCACCAGCAUCGGAUCGGUUUCCGCAACAGACAGGGUCGCGUGCCCGGCGUGACCCACGCCGCCGACGACGUUCCGGACCUGACGCGAUCCGCCAGUGCCUCCUCUGAGCCCGAGCGCGAAGAAGAAGAAGAGGAGCUCGAGUUCGACCGGGAAGCCAAGCGGGAAUAUGAAGAGCUGCAAUCGCGCGCGGAGAAGGGCGAACUGAUCAAUUUCCGGGACCUCAUUGCCAAUGAGAAGGAUUUCCACCUUCGAUAUCCGCAGAAUCGGAGCUUGGGGUGGAGGUAUGUGCUCGAGGCGACGGAGGAUUGGGUGAAGAAUAAGGAGGAAUGGCCUGCGAAUGUGGAGAGGAGGAAGAAGGAAGAGCAGCAGAAGGCGGAGGAGGAAACGCAUACUGCGGAUGGGGUGUUGUUGAUGAAUGGGGAGAAGCGGCAUCAGGAAUCCGAUCAGCAGGAGAAUGAUUGGAAACAGAAAGAAGGGGAGAAUUCGAAGCACCAUGAUGCUUAUGCUGCGGAUGAUGAGCAGUCUGAGGGCGAGGGCGAGGACCAGACGGAAUAUAAGAAGCUUCUUGAGAGGUAUACGCCGCAGGAGAUUGCUCUGUUGAGGGCAUUGCAGCACGAGAAGGACUAUCGAUAUUCAUUGCAGCAAAACGACGGCAAGCGGAAGAGUCCGCAGACGCAGAACCGGACGCAGAUCUCCAUCGAUGAGCAAGAUCAAUUCUCCCCUGAUAAUUGGCUCCCGCGGUCGGCCGAUCUCAUCAGACUGACGGGCAAGCAUCCGAUGAAUGCUGAAGCCGAACUCUCCACCCUGUUCGAAGGCGGCCUGAUCACUCCCAACGAACUCCACUACAUUCGCAACCAUGGUGCUGUGCCUCGUAUUCUCUGGGAGUUCCACAAGCUGGACGUUGAGAAUGGAAGACUCGUGCUUUCGAUGGACGACAUGAAGAAUAAGUUCGAGCACAUCAACAUCCCCGUUGCGCUCGCGUGCGAUGGCAACCGACGGAAAGAGCUGAACCUGAUCAAGAAGAGCAAAGGAUUCAACUGGGGUGCGGGUGCUACGGGUUGCGCCUACUGGAAGGGACCACUCCUGCGCGACGUCUUGCUCGCUGCCGGGGUGCAGCCCGGGAAAUACACCGGCGAAGGGAAGAUGAGAUGGGUGAAUUUCGAAGGAGCAGACGAGCCCAGCGAGGGCAAAUACCAGACGUGCAUCCCGCUCGAAUACGCCCUGGAUGCGACGAACGAUGUUAUCCUCGCACUGUACAUGAACGACGUCCCCCUCCCGCCGGAUCAUGGAUAUCCCGUCCGACUGCUCAUCCCGGGCUACGUGGGCGGGCGGUGCGUCAAAUGGUUGUCGCGCAUCUGGGUCACGGACCACGAGAAUCAGAGCCAUUACCAUAUCUGGGACAACCGCGUGCUGCCCAGCUUCAUCACGGAGAAGGACGGGGAUUUCGCCACGGCCAUGUUCUCGCACCCGGAUACGGCGUGUAACGAGCAGAAUCUCAACUCGGUGAUUGUGAAGCCUGCCCAGGGGGAGAAGAUCGCGGUCUCCUCCGCCCGGCGCGGGAAGACGUAUCGCAUUGAGGGAUAUGCGUAUGACGGUGGGGGGCACGAAGUGCAGAGGAUCGAAAUCAGCCUCGACGGCGGAGAGUCGUGGCUCUACUGCAUUCGCCAGUUGCCGGAGUAUCCCAUCCGGCAUGGGAAUAAGUUCUGGACCUGGCUGCACUGGCACGUCGACGUGUCGAUUGUGCAUCUGCUCGGGGCGAAGAGUAUCUCCGUCCGCGCAUGGAACGUCUUCAAGAACACGCAGCCCGAGAGGCCGAGCUGGAACACGAUGGGCAUGAUGAAUAAUUGCUGGUACACGCUGCAGACGCAAAUCCUGCAAGAGAAAGACGAUGAAGUGCCGUGUAUCCUCUUCCGACACCCCGUCGAGCCGGGGACGGGCGAGGGGGGUUGGAUGAAGCCGAGCGUCGAGAACCAGAUUGCCAGCGCGAAGCAGGCAGCGGGUGCGCCGCAGAAGGAAUUCACGCGGCAGGAGAUCGAAAAGCACUGCAGCGAAGACGAUUGCUGGUUGGUCGUGGACGGCAAGGUAUACGACACCACGUCCGUCCUGGCCUGGCAUCCGGGCGGCAAAGCGGCGAUCCUGGGCCACGCGGGCAAAGUCCACCAGGAGACGAGCGAGGAAUUCGCUUCCAUCCACGACGGCUUCGCGUACCAGAAACUGAAAGAGUGCAUCCUGGGCGUCGUGACGGCCAAAGCGGCAAAGUACAUCCACGCCGACGCGGAAGCCGCCCGCAAGGAACUGGCAGCGAGUUCGUCCAAGGCGCAGCUGGAGGGCAACAACGAUGUCGUCUUGCAGAAGCAUCGCUGGGUGCCCGUCACGCUCGCCGAUCGCAAGGCGCUGUCCGAGGACACGCGCGAGUACACCUUCACCCUGCCCGACGGCAUGCGCGAUCUCGGACUGGGCACGUGUCAGCAUAUCCAGUUGGGUUUUCACAUGAAAGAUCAGAUGCUCAUCCGGUCGUACACGCCCACGAAGCCUCUCCUUCCGGAUCCCAGCAAGGCGCAAUCCAAUGGCUCCUCAUCCUCUCCCUCCUCCUCCUCCUCCCCCUCCUCCUCUUCCCCCCCCUCCUCCUCGUCACAAGACCUCACCCCCCUCCAAGACGGCCACGGCACCUUCACCCUCGUCGUCAAAACCUACUUCCCCUCCCCCGCCCAACCAGGCGGCGCCAUGUCCAACAUCCUCGACACCCUGCCCCUCGGCGAGGCACUGGAAGUCCGCGGCCCCACGGGCGAAAUCACUUACCACGGCGCCGGCGCCUUCACCAUCUCCCACGAACGGAAAAUUUUCAAGCGCAUCUCCCUCGUCCUCGGCGGCUCCGGUAUCACGCCGGGGUAUGCCCUCCUCGCCCGUUCCAUCCUCGCCGAUUCUUCCUCCUCCUCCUCCUCCUCCUCCUCCUCCGACGGUGUGCAGGUGCAGCUGCGCGUGCUCGACGCGAACAAAACGGAAAGGGAUAUUUUAUUGCGAGAGGAACUGGCGCAUCUGGAAGCGGAAAGUCAGGGACGCUUGCAAGUCGCGCAUGUCCUGAGUCAUCCGAGUGCGGGGUGGAAGGGGCUCAGGGGGCAUGUGAAUGCGGCUAUGAUUCGCGAGAAGCUGUUUGCUCCUUUUGAUGAUGAUGAAGGAGGGGAUGGAGGGGAGAGUGCGGUGUUCUUGUGUGGACCUCCGGGCAUGAUUCAGAAGGCUGCUCUGCCUGCUUUGAGAGGUGAGUUUUUCUGCUUCUUUCUUCUUCUUCUUCUCCCCCAACCCGUCCCGUGUUCUCCUGUUUCUCUUCUGUCGAAAGGGAUGUGUGUGUGUGUGUGUGUGUGUGUGCGCUGACUGAUUGAAAAAUUCUGCAGAUUGGGGCUAUGAAGAGGACGUGAAUCUCUUUGGCUUCUAA